CCCCAACACAAACCGUUUUCUCUGGGUCAACCGGACGGAAAGUCAGAAGAGGCGAUUACCACACUUCCAACGGCUCUGUAAAGUAAGACAUGGCUCGUACCAAGCAGACUGCCCGUAAGUCCACUGGAGGAAAGGCGCCGAGGAAGCAGCUCGCUACCAAGGCAGCCAGAAAGAGCGCUCCCUCCACGGGUGGAGUGAAGAAGCCCCAUCGUUACAGGCCUGGAACUGUGGCUCUCAGGGAGAUCCGUCGUUACCAGAAGUCCACUGAGUUGCUCAUCCGCAAGCUGCCCUUCCAGCGCCUGGUGAGAGAAAUUGCCCAGGAUUUCAAGACUGACCUGCGCUUCCAGAGCGCUGCCAUUGGAGCUCUUCAGGAGGCCAGUGAGGCUUAUCUGGUGGGUCUGUUUGAGGACACAAACUUGUGCGCCAUUCACGCCAAGCGUGUCACCAUCAUGCCCAAAGACAUCCAGCUGGCCCGCAGGAUAAGGGGAGAGAGGGCCUAAGUGGCUGGUGGCAGCAUUGCCAUGACAAAUGAUCCUAUUUAUCACACAUAACCAUUUUGUGGACAUUUUUAUUUCUUUGGCUUUUUAAGUUUUCUUUUUGUAUUUUUUAGAUUGAGACAAUACAUCAACCAUUCCACGGGACUGAGUACACUUUGGGUAGCUGGAAAUGUUGUGCAGUAGGGUUAUCUGUGUAAACCAUCAUGGGUCAUUACUAUGCGCGUAAUAGCCAUCAUUCAACUUCUCUGAGUCCUUUUGUGGGGACCUAGCGCCAUCUUUGGGAUUGGUAUCGUUCUAAAGCAAGGAUCAAUUCAUCACAUCUUCCACAGGGGUCCAGGGUGUCUUCGCCCAUCUACAAUGUCCAAUGAAAUGCCAGCACGUCGAGCUCAGUGGGUUUCACUGCAGUGUUGCUGUGUCGACGACCACAGUUGAUACUGUGCACUGUGUGACCAUGAGCACGACUGACCCCUCUGUCUUUUUCUGGACUGCUUUUUAUGCGUUUUCCAACAUAAAAUCUUGGCAGCUACAUUUAAUACUAUUUAUGAAAAAUGUUGUCACAUGUCUUUCUAUUAAAGGUCUUUAUGAGUAGAAA